ACCAAACAGAGUCGGUGUUGUUAUGCUGAGUGUGCAUGCCUUUGCCGCUGACAAGCUGGCCGCGGCUAGCUUUAGGGGUUAGCAUACAUAGCUUCUUCUAUCUCUCCUGGUCAAGUUUGCCAGAUUCAUUCCAGCGUUGGUUUUUCAAAAUACGAGCAUCUGUACUGUUCAAGAGGUUAAACACAUGCUCUCACAAAUGUUGGGUUUAUUUUGAAAGCAACAACCGGAAAUGUGUGUGUAGUCGAUGGAAACUGAACGGUUCGGGCUUUCUACUAUGCUGAGAUGGCAGCUUGUAAUAUUUUUUACACACACACAUGAGCAGCGAAUAAAACAUGUCAUUAAUAUUUUCUUUUUGUAGCGUAACAACCGGCAGUUUGGUGCGCAAAACGGAGAUUUCCCCGGUUGUUAAAUCGCUCGUGGUGCUGUGUUGCUACUGUUAUAGUAGGAAGGCUGAGCACGGGGAUUUCCUCGCCUGCUUGUUUUGUAGGCGGGGAGUUGUUUGCCACUUUCACAAGCAGGCGUAGAGAGGUUGCAGCCAGAGUCGUGGAAUGUCAAAACUGUGAAACUAGGUUUCCUUUGUGAUAAAUAGUUUGGUGUCCACUGUAUCACAGCGCGCCUUGCUGGUUUGUCAACUCAUGCGCUUCUCGCUGUUCAAACCUGCUGCUUCAUCACCUCGUUGUGAAGAGGAGCGAGAGCAAGCCGAGGCAGCGGGUUAGCCAGAUCAGACAAACCAGCAGUACAGGUGGACGCGGCUCUCGGGGCAUGACUACCACAAAUAAGGGAAACAAGGCCUUGAAGGUGAAGCGGGAGCCAGGGGAAAAUGGCACCAGCCUGACCGACGACGAGCUGGUGACCAUGUCCGUGCGGGAGCUGAACCAGCAUCUACGGGGCCUGACGAAAGACGAAAUCCUUCAGCUGAAGCAGCGGCGGCGCACCCUGAAGAACCGGGGCUACGCUGCCAGCUGCAGGGUGAAGAGGGUCACCCAGAAAGAGGAGCUGGAGAAGCAAAAGGGUCUGCUGCAACAGGAAGUGGACAAGCUUGCCUCUGAGAACGCCAGCAUGAAGGUGGAGCUGGAUGCUCUGCGCUCAAAGUACGAGGCCCUCCAGAGCUUUGCUAGGACUGUGGCCCGCAACCCCGUCACCUCAGCCAGGGGGCCCAUGGCCUCGGUCAUAGGACCCCUCAUCCCUGGUAAAGUAGCCGCCACCAGCGUCAUCACCAUCGUCAAAUCCAAAACGCAGGCUAGGUCCUAGUAGCAGAAAGGGCGGGAGGAAAAGACUAAACCAGUCAGUGCAUUGUAACAUGCCGCAGGAUUACUGUCCGCUUUAAUGCGUGGCACUAACACUAAGCUUCCCAAAAUCACUCUGAAAGUAUGACUCAGCAGUCUGCUCCUGUCAGCAGAUAUCUUGUGCUUUAGAGUGACACAAUCAAAUUGUACGAUUGCACCAUUGGUUGCUGGAAGAAUGGAGACACGAUACUGAGAUAUUUAAUUUAAAGAGAUGAUUGUGGUUACAAAAACUCAGUAGUAAAAUCUGUUGCAAGAGGUACAAAGUGAAUUGAUCAAAGUAAGACUGUUUACUGCGUGUCCAUUUAUUUAAGACUGAGCUCUACAGAUGUUUCCGUCCUAAGAAUUGGCCUUUUUAGAGUCUCACAACCAGUAAAAAAAUAUGGUUUAACUUAACCCCUUGCCUGUUAUUAUGCACUGACUUAUAUUUGGUUAAAAAACAAUCGGUUACAAACUAUCGGUGUGGAUACUACAGGUGUCUACAUAACAGCCUGACUAACCCAAACUAGUAAACGAGUCAAAAUUGUGAUUUUUGGCGCCCGUCAACAAUUUAAGCACGGAAUAAUGCUCCCAAAUCCAGCAUUCAGUUCUGUUUACCUGUGACGGGCUUUAACCAACUUUUCAUUAUCAGUAUGACUGGUAGAUGCAAUAAUAUAUGUAUGCACUGAAAAUACAAAGAGGUCUUGCAUAUUUAUGGUUCAGGAGAAGCGUUUAGAAAUGAUCAGCAGUUCUUAUUGUUCCAGUGCCAUUCCAAUAUGACAAGAUUCUUCUACAAUAUCUGAAAACAUGAAUGUUAUAACAGUAAUAUCCUCGUGUUUGGUGGAAAACAGUGAAAUCCACAAACAUAAUUUUUGCUCAUAGAGAAAAUAUGUUCAAGUUGUUUUUGUUUUAAAAGAUAUAUAUUGCAUUUCUUUUGUAAUUACUUGUUAACAGAGCCGUGAGAUUUUUUUUCUCCAAAAUCUUUACACAAGCUUUACUGUUUGAAUUGUUAAGGUGUAGAAAAACUUUGUCUAAUGUUGAGUUCUUGGUUUUUAUUACUAGGUAGAUUACCUUCCAUUGUUUCUAGAAAUACAGAUACAGAAAACAUUAAAAAAAAAAAAAUUCCUGUGACAUCUUUUUUGCAAUUGUACCGAAAGUGGCUUACUAUUGAAGUCUGAUAGCUUUUUUCUAGUGACUAGGCGCGUACUGUGGGGUAGCGCGUGACGUGACGUGUAAGUGACAAGUUGGCAGUGUCGUUCACUGUAUAGAUGUCAAUGCUGUGCUAUUUAAAACAAAUCUGUAGAGCUAAACUAGGUGGUGUAAACAAGGUCAAUUGUCUUUGUGCGUAUUGGCAUCUGUGAUAUCCUCCGCUUCCUUGGUGUUAGUUACAAAUCAUAUUGUCAUUAGAAGUUUACCACAUUGAGCCAUGUAAGACAGAAUUGGGUGAAAAAAGGCAUUAUUGACUUUUCCCUUAAGCUUAACGUGAAACUGUCAUUGCAGAAUCUGAAAUAUGGUUGCACCUGGUGCUGGAUGCCCUCUAAAUACAUCCUCUGUAACAUGUCGGGAAGAUAUUCUCCAUUCUAGCCGCUUAAUUGGUUUGAAUUAGUUUGUCGGAAUAUAAAUAAUACCCUUCAAAUUAAGAUUUUUACAGACUAAAUUAAAUGUGAAGUUAACAGUGUUGUUCCUCUCCAAAUGUUAGACUAUAUUGAUAAGGUUGCAUCAUUGAACUUAACCUCCAAAUGGUGCAGCAUUACUUGUGUGAAUUGACCCACCGGUCUCGGGAUCUUCAGAUUAAAAGCGCUAAGGUUUGGCUGAGGGUUUGUAUGCACUAAACUCCUGCUUGUUUUGCUCAGGACAAAAACAGGUCACUCUAAAAAAAAAUGAACAAACUAUUCUAGAAGAGAUGUAGGGGAUGGCAGCUCUGUUCAUUUUUUCCAUUUUAUAUUAAGCAUGUCAUAAAGGGCUUCAAUCCACACUCAGAAAGACACACGGCAAGACCACGUAGAAUUACAAUCAUCCACUGCUGCCAGCAGCGCUCCUAUUGUGCCAAGUGUCGCAUCACUCUCCCGGUCCUCUGAAAAGGAAUUUAGCAGUGGGAGCACUUUUACACCUCAAGGUAGUUGUGUAGAAAUGUGAACAGUAUGCACUUCAUCGGGAUCUCACUCUCACGCUGGUCAGAAUGUGUUACAGUGUCGGCGAGGUGUUAAUCGGCAGUCACUCAAAACUACACCUCGGCAAAACUCCUGGGUGCUGGUUCUACCGUCUGUGUGCAAGUAUUCUACCCUCCAAAUGCUUAGCUCUCUACAUUGACUGGUUAACUGUGGGAAAAUAUAUAUCUGACUCUUGACAUAGCCCAGUAUCGAUGUUGGCGUCCUUAUUGCUGUGGCAGUCUUGUGGAGUGAAUCUUUUUCGUGUCAAGUGUCUUUUAAGGUGUUCGAGCAACGCCGUCGACCAAUCUCAAUCUCCGCUAGAGAUGAUGACUCUCUGUCUCACACAUACAGGUGUUUAGUAUGUAGCUACAGUAGGUAAUAAAGACCAUUGUGAAAAAGUGACCCUUAAUAUGCAACUCAGUGGAAAGGUGUGAAAGAGUAGAUGUAAGAAUAAUCAAUAUUGUCAAAGUGACUAUGGUCUGUUAUUUAAUAAUUCUUGCUGUUUUGUAGGUUUUUUUUGUAAAAUGUGUUUUUUUAUUUCGCUCUCAGAUUAUUUAAAUGGAAGAGCAGUUGGCCCUUGUUUAUAGUAGCUAACAUUAAACUGUGUUUUGAAGGAAUCGUGGGACAGUACUCACUAAUUUCUCAAAUGAUCUGAUCUACAUGAUCCAUGAAUUGGACUUGGAUAUCUGACUGAAAGAUGUUAUAUAUUAAUGUUUGUACACUGAGUGAAAUGGUUGCUACAAUAGAUUCUGUCACAAGGGCCUCUUGCAAUAUCGUAUUUCUUUUUUUUGGUAUGCGUGUGUGCGUGUGUGUUUUGUACAUUUGAGGUUCCUCUGCUGCUACACCAGUCAUUAAUGCUCGUUGUUUGCUGUAGCAUCAUCCACAGCAUUUCUGUUCUCAUUAUGUGUUGGGUGUGUUUUUGAAAUUGAUCUUAACACUGUAAUUUGUUCUGCAGAUUUAAUUUUUAAUUGGUUAUGGCCUUUUUUCUUCUAUUUGUUUUUGGUUUUUACAAGCAACAAGGUAGAGAGGAAAAAUAACAGCACUUGUGUUGCAGUUGAAUUUAAUAGCUCUUACAACAUUGGCUUUUUUCAUGAAAUUAUGCUUUGAAAACAGCCGACUGUGCAGGUUUCUUGCUCUUACUCCAUGGAGUAGGUCUGUGUUUCAAAGCUAUAAGAAACUGACUAAAGUGAGUAAUGCAAAGUAAGUUAUCUGUCUUUGUUAUUUUUCUGUAUGGGUUGUAAUAAAAUAUUGCAGUACUUUGUAUGAAAACAGACAAUAGUUAAUUGUAACUAUUUAUAAAUUAAAUUAUUGUACUUUUUGCAAUCUGUAGAUAAGUACCAUGUAUUCAUAUAUACAGUAACAACUGUGGAUUUAAACGUGAUUCUCUGAGGUGUCUAAGUUAUUGAUGUAUAUAUUGUAUGUUUGUUGAUACAGCUUACUUUAUUUUCUAUAAGACCAAUAAAAUGUUUUGGAAAAUGA